AGGAGCUGAGGCGGCCGCCACGCAAGGCUGUCGCCUCCGCUGCCGCCAACCCCACAACCAGCAGCAGCGGCCGCGCCAGCUCCGGAAUGCUGGACACCCCCCAGCCCUGCGAGUGCUGGGCGCCCGGCUGCGGCCCCUCACCCGCCGCGUCGCCCGCCAACCACUGCAGCGACCUGUCCCCCUCGCCGCCCGCCGCCGAUUUUGAUGCCUACGGCGGUUCAAACCUGUCGCCGCCCCCUGGCUCCUCGGCGGUGGCAGUGACGGCGGCCAUGACGGCGCAGCACCGCGAGGUGGUGGCCGCAGCGCAGCAGCACCAGCAGCAGGCGGCGGCGGCAGCUCAUGCGUAUCAGGCCAUGAUCUGGCACUCAGACGCAGCAACAGCUGCUGCAAAUGCCGCAGCCGUGGCAGCUGCGGCCGCCGCAUGCUCUGGUACAGGGGCGUACGACGAGAGCGCGUCUUUCGCAGAGGGUGGGUGCCACGAUGGCGCAGGCUACCACCCGGGGGACCUCGCCCUGCCGUCUCCCGCGGUGCGCCCCGGCGGCUGCCAGCUGGGGCCUCUGGUGCCAGGGUUCCUCGGCAGCAGCAGCGGGGCGCCGCUGCUGUGCGUAGAGAGCGCCAACGGGCCGAACCCCAGAUGUGACACUGCACAGCUGAGCAGCCGCGAGCAGCAGCUGGGCAAAGGUCACGGCGGCGGCAGCAGCUUUGGACUGGCGAUGGCGCCUGCCCCUGUGGAUGGGCACGCGGCCGGACCAGGCGCGGUCCAGCAGGGGGAACGCCGCCACGCACAGGUCGUGCGCGCGCUCGAGUCACUCGAUGUGUCGAAUGAGGGCCCCAGGGGCUACGGCCCCGGAUGUGGCGGCCCUGGGUAUCCCCCCACCAGCCCGCCGGCCCAGGCCUUGUACGCGGCAGCGUCCGGGCCCAUGGCUACCGGUGGCGGCAGUGGCGUUGGCGGCGGCGGCGGCGGCAGCGGCAGCGCCUCGGUCGCGUGGCCGCCGCUGGUGGGAGGCCUGCGGUUUGUGCCGGGUGCGGCCGGCGCAUUUGGCGGCUGCGUUGCGUGGCCCUGCGCGAGCUACGGCGCCUGA